GAAACGAAAUGAAAUUUGUUUCCAGCUUAAUUAAAAUACAGUGAAAAUUAUUAAAAAAUAUUUUUUCCAACAAAUCAAAACGCUAUUCAUUAUCGACUGAAUUGCGUUCAUGCCCAUGCCGCAAAAGUACAAUAGGACGGUUCGCAGAGUGCUUCUAACCCCCGAGGCUCGUAAAAUCAUCUUGCAUGAAAACAAACAUCACUUGUCAUAAAUAUAAAGCUCGUUCUCUAGAAUUUGCUAGAUGUUUAUACAGAUACAGAUUUUGUUAAAAAAGUAACAAAAAGUGAACGUGAAAAUUUAAUAAAUCGGGAAAAAAAAUUCUGGCUCACCAAAAUGGACAUGAGCAGAGAUAUGCGAACUUUGUGGUGCGGCAAUUUGAGUAACAGAGUAACAGAGGAUAUUUUGUACGAGUUAUUUUUACAGGCUGGACCAUUGGAAGAAGUGAAAAUUCCACGAGAUCGUGAUUCUCGGCCAAGAGCAUACGGUUUUGUCACUUACAAGCAUGACGAAUCGGUUGAUUACGCUCUUGAGCUGUACAAAGGUACUUCGCUGUAUGGCAAAGAAUUGUGUAUUGAUAAAAAAAUUCGACCCCCGUCAGAACAACCUGUUCAACAGCAACAAAUUCUUUUGCCAAUUUAUAAUAAUUCAAUCGGCGAUGUCAUGACCAAUCUACCGUACGGACUUCCCCUAGGAUAUCCCAUACCCUACGCUUCUCAAGACCAAAUGGGUUAUCGCGGACCUGUUAAUAUGCAUCCCUCCAAUCAUCGACGAAAUUCUUCAAGGAAUCAUCCCUACCAUCGCCGAUGAGAGGGGAUAGUCGAAUGGAUUCGAGCUGGCAAGUCGAAUUUCACCAGAACUUUUUGGGUGGAGUAAAACUGGUGCUAUCGUUAUCGAAGUUUGGACGAUUAAUGGACCGAAAUAUUGUUCAAAAAUCUGCAAAUUACGGUUUUUUUAUUUAUUCGAUUAUUUACUAAUCCAAACUGUAUCAUGGGUUUUGUUGCAAAAAUAAAGCAAUGUCCGAUCCUGGAA